UUCUAAUCCUCCGUCCUCUCCCUCUCCUCUCCCAAGUCCCCACCGCCGCCACGAUGCAGCUCCGGCGACUCCUUGCUCUCUCCGGUGAGGUCUCCGGCCGCCUCCGCCGCCGCUCCCACUCGACGUUCGCCUCUCCCUCGCGUCCUGCGUGGGCCAUGGUGGUCAGCGAGCCGCAAGAGGAGGCGCCGGAGCUACGCGCGACCUUCCGCCUCGCAGAGCCCCCGCGUGCCUCCCAACUCCUCGUCCCCUACGACGCCAUCCGUCCCCGCGGUAGCCAGGGCCCCCUUUGUGCCGCCGCCGAGGAAGCGACCAGCGAGGACGGCCUGCUCCUCCUCCGCGCCAUUGUUGCGCAUGGCGCCUGCGCCUGCGCCCACGCGACGGCUCCCAACCUCCCCGCUUCGUCUCGGCCUCCGGGCCAGAGGAGCGUCGCUCGCGUCGUCUGCAACCCUCUCACCGGCCAGCUGCUCCGCCUCCCGGACAUCGACGGUGCAAGCAGCGAGGUUUCGCCCGGUCUGAUGGGCUACGCCGGCUUGCUCACCCAAGCCGACGGCGGCGACGGGCCGCCCGACAGGUACGCGGUGGCCGAGGUCAGCUGCGACGACUUCGUCAUGCACCGAUUCCUCUCGGAGACGGGGAGGUGGGACGCGAUGCCGGGAUUCCUGUCCCCGCUGCCGGCCGCGCGCCCGAUCGUCGUGGACCAGCCGGUGGUGGCUUUCGGCGGCCGGCUGUGGUGGAUCGACCUCGCCUGGGGCGCCGUCUCCGUCGACCCGUUCGCCGACGAGCCCGAUUUCCGAUUCGUCGAGCUGCCGAGGGGCAGAGUGCUGCCUUCAUCCAACGAGAUGAGCUUCGAGAGGCGACGACGGAAGAAGGUGCUGAGCACGCACCGGCGCGUCGGGGUCAGCGAGGGGACGCUGCGCUACGUCGAGGUGUCCGGAGUGGAGCAGUUCGUGGUCAGGUCCUACGUGCUCGACGACGAUGGCAGCAGCUGGACGAUGGAGCAGAGCACAGCGCUGCGGGCGCAAGGGGCGCCCUUCCCGGGGAUGCCAGGCAUCGCUUGCAUCGAUCCGGUUAACGCCGACGUCGUGUACAUCAUGGUCGGGAGCGGGCUCGUUUUGGGAGUGGAUAUGGAGAGGGGGAUGGGGUUUGGGCUUUCUGUGCUGGAUGAGCCUGCCUGGCCGACACCCUGCGUGCUCCCGCCGUGGCUUGAAUCAACCCGGAUCCCUUCUUCUACAGAAACCCUUUUGAGCAAGAAGACCAAUGUUGAAAGGAAGUCUUUGGCAGACAUGCUGGUUCGUGUAGAUAGAUGCUGUUAAAAAUGAAGCACACUGGCUAAUUCAUCUAUUGGGUUCAUAAUCUAAAUGCAAGUGCUAUGAUCAAUUAAGAUGUUAAUGGUGGUAAUUGCUGAACUCUUUUUUUUUGUGAAAAUCUGGGGAAUGAAGAAGUUUGGUUUGUUUGUCUUUGCUGAUAAAAUCAGUUAAGUCUUAUUUUGGUGAGGUUGUGGGAGUUUCGCCAUUUCAGUGCUCCGACUUGUUGGUCGUUCCAUCAGAAUGAUUCGGUUCAAUCAGCAUGUAAUGGCUACUAUAAAGUACAAACAGCUUGCAUGGCAUCAGUUCUGUUACUUUGUAAGCAUAUUAUGGAUGGCUUCGCAUCUCUUGUGCAAAUGCUUGGCCUUAAUAUUUUUUUUCUUUUAUCCUAGA